UGAAAUGAACCUGAAGGGGCCAGUCUGUUUCUGAACAAUUAGAAGAAUUAGUCCUGAUUGUCCAGCUUUGCCCUGGGUUCAGGCCUUGUGAUGGCAUCAGAACUGUAGCAAACUGACAGGAAUAUGGAGUAGAGGCAUUUGUUGGGAGUACCAGGCAUGUCAGAAGCAAAGUGGAGGGCUGAGUAGGUUUUGACAGGCCAAAUAAAGCAAAGCAAAAGCUAGCCCAAUUUUUAAGUGGCAAACUGACUAAGUAACUUGUAUGGGAUUGGUGAGGAAAGCAAAAGUAUUGGUUAGAUUUAUAAAGCUGUCCUGAGGGCUUCAGCUCCAACUUGAUAGCUGUGCUCAUACAGUACUCAUGUUCCUGGGUAACUAUGAUUCACAGAAUGACACCAAUUUUCCAGGAUCAUAAAACAAUAAAAUGUGUACUAACUGCACUGGCUGGGUUUGCAUAACACACAAAGCUGAAAUGUGGUUGGCUUUGCUUCUAGUGCUUCUUUCUUUUUCUUUCUUUCUUUCUUUCUUUCUUUCUUUCUUUCUUUCUUUCUUUCUUUCUUCCCUCUUUCCUUCCUUCCUUUCUUUUUUAUAGUGGCGAAUGAUAACCUGUUUUGGAUGGACAGGGUAGUUUAAACUCUUUUAAGAUUUAUAGAACAGAGCAAUUUUCUCCAGCUUAGUGCCAUCCUGUUAACAAGGGGCUACCUAAGGGAUUACAAUUCCCUUAGUUUUCCAGCAAUGUGGGGGGAGGGAGACUGGGAAGGAUGGGGAGUUGCAAUCACACAACUCAUCAAACCCGGCAAACACAAUCUCGUCCACUGUUGUGUGUCCCACUUUAAGCUGGGAUUUCUCCAAUCUCGGGGAAGGAUUUUUGCCUUCGAAAUCUUGGCCAGAGAAGCACGAACGAGACAUAAAAGUCCGAUUCUCUUUACUUCCAAAGUAAAUCCCACCGAAUUGCACGGGACAAUCACAGACUGCUUGUAACAUUUCGACUUCUGCGUAGGGACGGGAGAAUCGAAGCUGCCUUUAGAACAGCCGCGGUGUUCCGGCGAGGCGAGCUCGGAGGUGGAAGAGGCUGAACGUAACGAUUCCCCUCUUACCGCAACAGCGUCUCCUUCGCUGCCGGCUCCAAGUCGGCCGAAAGUUUUUUUUUUUUUUUUUUUUUUUUUUACGAAAGGCGCUGGAACUUCCUACUCAUCCGCCAAGCGGAGGCGGCGAUUCGGCGCCGUGUGCGUUUGCGCCCAUGACGCUUCGCGGGAGCGAGGCUGGCUUGAGCUCGAAAGCCCGAACAGUUCGAAUUCGAAGUCCGCGCGCCCCGUCGGCGAAGCGCUCGCGUGCGGACAGGCGGGCCGGCGGAAGCCUGGAACGCGCGCGGGCGUCUCCUUCAGGGUUGCCUGCCGCUCGCUCAGCUCGUUGCCUUCGCCUUUAAGCCAAGCCGGUUAAAAGAGCCUUGGCGAACCAAUGCUGGCGGAGCGCGUGAACGCCGCCCCAAUAAAACGCGAUAAUAUUUUGUUUUAAAAGGACGCUUGGGCGGUAAAACCACAGAAGCCAGGGGAGGGGAGGGACGGCGGGACCGCGAGAAACAAGGAGAAAAAAGCAACACCACCACAAAAUCUUCCUUACGGGGUGCCGAAGUUUGCUUACUCCGCCUGCGACACGCUUUUGAGUUCCCCACACUUUCGCUGGCCUGCGCCGCGGCUUCCUCCUCCUCCUCUCCCUUUUCCCUCCUGGCUCGCUCUUGCUCUCUCUCUUUCGCUGGCUCCCUUCCUACUUCUCUCUCCACCCCCUCCCCUUUCUCGCCCUUUCCCUCCAGAGGCGCCUGGACGCCUUGGGCUGAUAAGGAAGACAAGAAGCGGCGGCGGCAACCGAGGAGCGUGCGUUGUUGCAGCCGCCGCGCUAGAGAGGGUGGGGGAGAACCGGCCCGGGAGGGGCGCGGUUGGUGGAGCUGCAAAGAGCGAGCGAGCGCCACAAACCCAGUUCCAAGAGCGCAACUCCCAGUUAAUAAAAAGUUCCCGGCGGGGUCUGCUUGAGGCGGUUCCCCCCUCUCCCCGCUUCUCCCGGUUUGGUUUUGUUGUGUUUUUGACAGCUGGGCGCAGGCGACUUCUCGUUGGCUUUUUCGGCUUUGCCCAAGGGGGGAAAAGUUUCCCAUUCCUACUUCCCCACCUCCUCGCUUUCCUUUUCCCAGGACCAAUAACGAGCAGCUCUGAGGUACAGUAGCGGUGGGAGGAGGUUAAAAAAAAAAGAGAGCGAGAGAGACGGGGGGGGGGGAAGGGGAAAGCUCCGUGUUCUUUCAGUUUGGGACGACCUAGUCCCCCCCCUCCUUUCGCCCAACCUGUGGCAGGACUAAGAUUCAAAUUUCUCGCUUCUUGACCUCGAGGCGCUUUUUCUCACCUAUCGCAUCUCCCUCGCCACCCCAACCUCCACCAAGCCCCCCCCCCCGUCGCUGAAACUUUUGGGAUGCGAAGGCCUUGGAGUCUUCGCAUGCGUGUCUGUGUGUGUGUGUGUGUGUGUGUGUGCGUGAAAAUCACCUGGAGGGCUGUUGAGAGAGCCGGUUUGGAGUGAAGGGGGGGGGGAGGACAGUCCCAAGAAAAGCUGAAGGAAGGAAGAAAGGGAAGGGCCGGUGCAGGCGCUGCCGCUGAGAGGAGUUCCAGAGCCCAGGGGGUGCCCUUGACAAGCAGCAUGCAAAAAUGUCAGAAGAGGCAGAAGUGGAUGUGAGAGACAGAGACAUUCAGAGGCAAACAGAAGGAAAGAGGGCAAGAGGUUUGACUUUAAGAGACUCCUGCAGUGACAACUCCAUGCAGUUCGGAACAACGAGGACGGCAACCACCUCCGAGUCGGGUUUCAUGGGGACAUGGCAGAGCGCUGACACUAACCUCUUGUUCAGAAUGUCCCAGCAGGCAAUACGCUGCACAUUGGUAAAUUGCACAUGUGAAUGUUUCCAACCAGGGAAGAUAAACCUGAGAACCUGUGAUCAAUGUAAACAUGGCUGGGUGGCACACGCUUUGGACAAGCUUAGCACUCAGCAUCUGUACCAUCCAACUCAAGUGGAGAUUGUACAAUCCAAUGUUGUGUUCGACAUCAGCAGCUUGAUGCUAUACGGUACUCAGGCUGUGCCCGUGAGACUGAAGAUUCUGCUUGAUCGACUGUUCAGCGUCUUGAAACAGGAAGAAGUGCUGCACAUCCUUCAUGGCUUGGGCUGGACUCUUCGCGACUAUGUUCGGGGUUAUAUCCUUCAGGAUGCUGCAGGCAAAGUGCUGGACCGUUGGGCCAUCAUGUCCAGGGAAGAAGAGAUUAUUACCCUUCAGCAGUUUUUGAGGUUUGGAGAAACCAAAUCCAUUGUGGAGCUGAUGGCAAUUCAAGAAAAAGAAGGGCAGGCCGUUGCUGUUCCAUCUUCAAAGACAGACUCAGACAUAAGGACUUUUAUUGAAAGCAAUAAUCGAACCAGGAGCCCAAGUCUCCUUGCUCACUUGGAGAACAGCAACCCUUCCAGCAUUCAUCAUUUUGAAAACAUCCCAAACAGCCUAGCAUUCCUGCUACCAUUUCAAUACAUAAAUCCAGUCUCUGCCCCUCUAUUGGGCUUGCCGCCGAAUGGGCUCCUGCUGGAACAGCCAGCGCUGAGACUGCGUGAGCCAAGCCUUUCAGCUCAAAAUGAAUUUAAUGAAAGCAGUGAAUCUGAAGUUUCCCCAGCCCCUUUCAACAGCGAGCAGAACUCCAGCAGGAAUGCCUUGUCCAGCAUCACCAAUGUAGAGCCCAAAAGCGAGCCAACUUCAGUUUCCCCUGUCCAGACUUCGACCCCUGUCAAUGACUUAUCCAAACCCGAACACACAAAAAGCUCUUUCAGAAUUCACAGAAUGCGAAGGAUGGGAUCAGCCUCACGGAAAGGAAGAGUCUUUUGCAAUGCGUGUGGGAAAACCUUUUAUGACAAGGGGACCCUGAAGAUCCACUACAAUGCAGUCCACCUUAAGAUCAAACAUCGCUGUACGAUUGAAGGUUGCAACAUGGUCUUCAGCUCGCUUAGAAGUCGCAACCGCCACAGCGCUAACCCCAAUCCCCGACUUCAUAUGCCCAUGUUAAGAAACAAUCGAGACAAGGAUCUCAUCCGUGCUACAUCUGGUGCUGCUACUCCGGUUAUAGCAAGUACAAAGUCAAAUCUAACACUAACGAGUCCAGGACGACCUCCAAUGGGUUUUACCACUCCCCCAUUAGAUCCUGUGUUACAAAAUCCACUUCCUAGCCACCUCGUAUUUCCAGCUUUAAAAACUGUGCAGCCAGUUCCUCCUUUUUACAGAAGUUUACUUACGCCUGGGGAGAUGGUGAGUCCUCCAACAUCACUACCAACUAGUCCAUUGAUGCCAUUAACGGGCACAAUAGAACAAUCAUCUCUCCCUUCAGAAUCAACACUACCCAUCGGCAUCAUGCCCAGCCAAGAAGCAAGUGCUGACCUUGCCCCUAAGAAAAAGCCACGAAAGUCAAGCAUGCCGGUAAAAAUAGAGAAGGAAAUCAUUGACACAGCUGAUGAGUUUGAUUAUGAAGAUGAGGAAGUUAACGAUAACAGAAGUAUAACUAAUGAUGGUGGUCAUGACAAUCAUUGCCAUUCUCAGGAGGAGAUGAGCCCGGGGUUAUCUGUGAAGGACUUCUCAAAAAAUGGGCAAAGCAGGUGCAUUUCAAGGACAGAGCUAAGAAGGACAGACAGUAUGACAUCAGAAGAGCAUGAGAGGGACUAUGAAAAUGAGUCUGAAUCCUCAGAGCCAAAACUGUGUGAGGAAUCCAUGGAAGGGGAUGAACACAUGAUCCAUGAAAGAAGUAGCAAGUCUAUGAUGAACCAUGAAAGACCAGAUGAAAACCACAAUGAUCUUUCCCAUCCCAGUGAAAUUAAAGUCAAGGAAGAGUUUACAGACCCUACAUAUGAGAUGUUUUACAUGAGCCAAUACGGACUUUAUAAUGGAGGCAGUGCCAGCAUGGCUGCUCUCCAUGAAAGCUUCUCUUCAUCGUUCAGUUAUAACAGCCCUCAGAAAUUCUCUCCAGAAGGCGAUUUGUGCUCGAGUCCAGAUCCUAAGAUCUGCUAUGUGUGCAAGAAGAGUUUCAAGAGUUCCUACAGCGUGAAACUCCAUUAUAGGAAUGUUCACUUAAAAGAGAUGCAUGUCUGCACAGUGGCUGGUUGCAAUGCUGCCUUCCCCUCCCGAAGAAGCAGAGACAGACACAGUGCUAAUAUAAAUUUGCACCGUAAACUGUUGACCAAAGAACUGGAUGACAUGGGACUGGAUUCUUCUCAGCCCUCCCUUAGCAAGGACCUCCGUGAUGAAUUCUUGAUGAAGAUCUAUGGUGCUCCACCCCAUUUGGGUUUUGAUCUACGGGAAGACACCUCCUCCCCAGCAGGAACCGAGGACUCUCAUUUGAAUGGAUACGGACGGGGCAUGUCAGAAGAAUACAUGGUCUUAGAUCUGAGCACCACCUCCAGCAUCCAGUCGAGCAGCAGCAUCCAUUCUUCCAGAGAAUCGGAUGCAGGAAGCGACGAGGGCAUCCUUUUGGAUGAUGUGGAUGGGGUCAGCGACAGCGAGGAAUCAUCACACAAAACUGAGGCUGCAGCCUUAGGGGUCAGCUUGAGCACUGAAGUCCCGGGAUCCCUCAUGUUUAACAGCGUUUCCAUGAAUAACGGGGGGAUCAUGUGCAACAUUUGUCACAAAAUGUACAGCAACAAAGGGACUCUCAGGGUGCAUUACAAGACAGUACACUUGCGUGAAAUGCACAGGUGUAAAAUCCCUGGGUGCAAUAUGAUGUUUUCCUCGGUCCGCAGCCGAAAUCGGCACAGUCAGAACCCGAAUCUACAUAAAAACAUUCCCUUCACCUCACUAGAUUAGUUCCGAGAUGGACACGGUCAGUGCCAGCUCCAAAGUAAGAGCUUAUACUUCUUCAAAUUGCCAUUUACAGACUCUUCUAUAAAUAUAUAUAAAUAUAAAUAUAUAAAUAUAUAUCUUUUUUUCUUUUUUAAACAAAACAGAAAACAGACCGGGUGCUGUCCUUUCCCCCUCUUUUUUUCCCCCCUGAUUUUUGUUCCUUUGUUUUGUUAUGUUUUUGUUUUGUUUUUUUAAAAAACAUUAUGUGGGUUGGGAUAGCAUCUUUAACCUGAGAUAACAUUUCCACUGCUUAAAAAAAAAAACACAAACAAACUUACCUUUUAAAACUCCCUUUUGUUAUAAAAUUUGUGGUCAUCUCCAAAGAGACUUGUUUCUUCCAUCAAUGACUGUUGCCUGCAAUCUUAGAAAAGGAAAGGAAAAAAAAAAGAAAAAGAAGACAACCCCCCCUAAAAACGAAGCACUGCGAAGAUAUUAAAAUGAGAGAGAGA